AUGGUGACCAUAUAUCGCACACACACUAUCUCUCUCGACAUGGUGACCGUAUAUAUAUAUAUAUAUAUAUAUAUAUAUAUAUAUAUAUAUAUCUCUCUCUCUCUCGACCGUGUAUAUCUCUCUCUCUCUCUCUCUCGACCGUGUAUAUCUCUCUCUCUCUCUCUCGACCGUGUAUAUCUCUCUCUCCCAAUAUAUCUCUCUCUCUCUCUCUGUAUCUCUCUCUCUAUCUCUCUCUCUCUCUCUCUUUGUUCUCUCUCUCUCUCUCCUGUACUUGUCUCUACCGUGUAUCUCUCUCUCUCUACCGUGUAUCUCUCUCUCUCUCUCUCUCUCUCUACUUUCCGUGUAUCUCUCUCUCUCUCUCUCUCUCUCUACUUUCCGUGUAUCUCUCUCUCUCUACCUCUCUCUCUCUCUACCGUGUAUCUCUCUCUCUCUCUCUCUACCGUGUAUCUCUCUCUCUCUCUCUCUACCGUGUAUCUCUCUCUCUCUCUACCGUGUAUCUCUCUCUCUCUCUACCGUGUAUCUCUCUCUCUCUCUCUCUACCGUCAAGUGUCUCUCUCUCUCUCUCUCUUUUCUUUCUCUCUCUCUCUCUCUCUCUUUUCUUUCUCUCUCUCUCUCUCUCUUUUCUUUCUCUCUCUCUCUCUCUUUUCUUUCUCUCUCUCUCUCUCUUUUCUUUCUCUCUCUCUCUCUCUCUUUUCUUUCUCUCUCUCUCUCUCUUUUCUUUCUCUCUCUCUCUCUUUUCUCUCUCUCUCUUCUUUUCUCUCUCUCUCUUCUUUCUCUCUCUCUCUCUUCUUUCUUACUCUCUCUCUCUUCUUUCUCUCUCUUCUUUCUCUCUCUCUCUCUUCUUUCUCUCUCUCUCUCUUCUCUCUCUCUCUCUCUCUCUCUCUCUUUCUCUUUCUUCUCUCUCUCUCUUCUCUUUUUCUCUCUUUUCUCUUCUUUGAUUUCUUUUUUUUUCUCUCUCUCUCUCUCUUUUUUCUCCUUUUUCUCUUCUCUCCUCUUUUCUCUCUCUCUCUCUUAAUUUUUCUCCUUUUAAAUUCUCUCCUCUUUUUCUCUCUCUCUCUCUCUCUUCUUUUUCUCCUCUUUUCUCUUCUCUCCUCUUUUCUCUUUUUUAAAUUCCUUAUCUUCUUGCUUGAUGGUGACAUUUUUUUUCUUUUUGUUUUCAGGUGCUCUCGCUGCCACCAGCGGCUGACAAAUUGGUACUUUGAAAAAGGGGGACAGUUGUUUUGUCGGCAGGAUUACUGGACAAUAUAUGGGGAUGCUUGCCAUGGAUGCUCAGAACUGAUUGCAGGCCCUGUCAUGGUGGCAGGAGAACAUCGGUACCACCCUGAAUGUUUCCAGUGCUGUAGAUGCUACAGCUACAUCGGAGAUGGAGAGGGAUACGCCUUGGUGGAGCGGACCAAACUCUACUGUGCUUACUGCUACAACAACGUGAUGAAGCCAAAGUUCACCGAGAUGCCAGAAAACAGGAAGCCGCAUUCCAUCCAGUUAGUGGAAAUCCCAGCCACCCCAGACAAGGGGAGCCGUGGGGUGCAUUUAACAGUAGAGAAAUCUGCUUACACUCCAUUCCACAGGGGAGCAUCCCAUCUCAUCCGUAUUGCUGGUCUUGACAGUAACCCUGCACUCAAUUCCUUAAAUGUCGGUGACAAGAUCCUGGAAGUAAAUGGCACAGCAGUAAAAGAAAAAUCUUUUGAGGAGAUUGAUUCAUUGAUGAAAAAUACAAAUGAAGCUAUCCAGUUGACUGUGGAGACGGAUGCAAGUCCAGUUGUUGGCAAUUCUCCGUCCAAGGAGGCCAGUGGAAGUGUCUCCAGUCCUGAACCAAGCUCCCCCACAGAGAUUGACGUGGAUGGCGUGCGUGUACCGCUUAGACGGAAGUCUUUGUUAAAAGCAAGGAAUUACAGUCCCUCAAAGCGGAGAAGCAAGUCUCCAUCGCCAGCUCCUCCUACCAGACAGAAGACCCUAGAAUUGACAAGGGCCCAUUCCUUCCGCUCACAACCACAGUCACACAGAGUAUUCCGCUCCAGUGACUUACAACCAGGAGAAGUGUUGGGGAAAGGAUUCUAUGGUCAAGCUAUUAAGGUAACCCACAAAACCACCAAAGAAGUUAUGGUACUUAAAGAAUUAACACGAUUUGAUGAAGAUGCACAAAAAAAUUUCAUGAAAGAGGUGUCUGUGUUGCGAAACCUAGACCACCCCAACGUGCUAAAAUUCAUGGGGGUUCUGUACAAGGAUAAAAAACUAAACCUUGUCACAGAGUAUAUAUCGGGUGGCACUGUCAAAGACCUUUUGCAUGAUAUGAAAAUUCCUUUGUCCUGGACAUGUCGAUCUAAAAUGUGCAAAGACAUUUCUGCAGGAAUGGCUUAUUUACAUUCUAUGGACAUUAUUCACAGAGAUCUCAAUUCUCAAAAUUGCUUAGUCAAAAAAGAUGGUACAGUGAUUGUUGCAGACUUUGGUUUGGCCCGUGUCAUCUCUGACCAAACUGACAUCCGGCGCCAAGACAGGAGGUCUACUGGGAAGUCAUCGUCGCCAAACAAGCGGUUUGAGCGAAAAAAACGAUAUACUGUAGUUGGAAACCCUUAUUGGAUGGCUCCAGAAAUGAUGACUGGUCAAAAAUAUGAUGAGAAAGUUGACAUUUUCUCCUUUGGAAUCAUGAUGUGUGAGAUCAUUGGCCGUGUAAUUGCUGACCCUGAUUAUCUGCCUCGAACCUUUGAUUUUGGUAUGAAUGCAGAGGUAUUCUCCAACAAAUAUUGCUAUGAUUGUCCUAAUUCACUCUUCAAGUUGUGUAUUUUAUGUUGUCAACUGACCCCAGAAAACAGGCCUCCAUUUGAGAAAAUUCACAUGAUGUGUGAAGCCUUGUUACUUCAUUUAGAACACAAAAUGGCCCUUCCUCCUGAGCUUCAGGUUGUGCUUGAAUGUUACCACAUGAGAAAAAAAAAAAAAAUACCCCUACCUUCAACCCAUACAAUUCCCUUCACUGUCUUUCAUAACCUUUAUCAAACAAAGCAAAUGAAGUAG